AUGGCAUUGGUAUCGAAGAACCCCUUCCAGCUCACCGGGCGCUACGCCGAGCGCAACAAGUGGGAGGUGAUCAACGGCCCAGGCGACUCUCGUCCAACAGGGCAGCAGAUCAUUGAGGAUGAAGGCCUUAUCGGAGCCAUGAGCGACAAGGUCGUCUUCAUCACAGGCGUGUCUUCAGGCAUGGGCCCUGAAACUGUCCGGGCUCUCGCAUCAACGGGAGCUACCAUCUUCGCAACAGCUCGAAACCUCGAUAAAGCACGGGAAGCUCUCGGCCCCGCCCUCCUCGAGACAGGCCGCGUGCACCUCCUAUUCAUGGACCAGACGGACCUCUCGAGCGUUCGUGCCUGCGUCGAUGAGUUCCGGCAGCGGUGUGGCGGCAAGCUGAACAUCCUCAUUAACAACGCCGGCGUCAUGAAAACGCCCGAAGGUCGCACCAAGGACGGCUUCGAGCUGCAAUUCGGAACAAACCACUUGUCUCACUUCCUCCUCUUCUACCUGCUCAAGGACCUGCUACUCGCCAGCUCGACGCCCGAGUUCCACUCGCGGGUCGUGAACGUUUCGUCUGUAGGCCAUCGCCACGGCCCGGUGCGCUUCGAUAAUUUGAAUUUUGAGGGCGAAUAUGAUGGCUGGGCCGCAUACGGGCAAUCGAAGACCGCCAACAUAUACAUGGCAACUCAAAUCGAGCGGCUCUAUGGAGCGCAAGGCCUCCACGGGUUCAGUCUGAGUCCGGGCAGCUUCGCCAGUCCCAACCUACAGAAGUUCUGCCAGGACGAGCAGGCUGCAGCCGAGAUAGACGAACGGAUGUCGAGAUAUUUCACCAACGUCCAACAGGGGUGUGCAACGAGCGUCUACGCCGCUGUGUCGAAGGACCUGGAAGGUAAAGGAGGUCUGUACCUUGAGGGCGCGUCGGUGGCCGGACAGGUCACUGGUGACUAUGACAGGGUCGAGUAUGGGUACAAUGAGUGGGCCUUUGAUCGUGAGAAGGAGGAGAAGCUGUGGGAGGUCAGCAAGAAGUUAGUUGGUGUCGAGUAA